AUGGGAGAUGGAGGUCCCCUGCAGACCGAGGGAAAUGCCCUCCUCAAAGCCGUCUUCCAGGGAAAGCUGAGGCUCACCCGCCUGCUGCUGGAGGGUGGUGCCUACAUUAAUGAGGGCAACGAGCGUGGAGAGACCCCCAUCGCCGCCGCCUGCCUGGGGAGCUACGACGACCCGCAGACCCGGCAGAGGAUGCUGCGGUACCUUCUGGAGAAAGGUGCGGACCCCAACAUCCCAGAUAAGAGCGGCAGGACCGCCCUGAUGCACGCAUGUGCCGAGCAGGCGGGGAAGGAGGUGGUGACGCUGCUGCUGGAGAACGGAGCUGAUCCCAGCCUCAAAGAUUACUCUGGAUCCUCCGCCCUCGUCCAUGCUAUCAACAAAGGCGACCAUGACACCCUGCAGGUCCUGCUCGAUGCCUGCAAGGCAAAAGGCAAGGAAGUUAUUAUUAUCACCACCGACACGUCUCCGUCAGGAACCAAGAAGAUAAAACAAUACCUCAACUCCCCCCCCUCCCCAGCUAUCGUGGAUAAGUUGUCUCCGGCCUGUAUGUCUCCGUCGGAGGUGGAGAUCACCACCUCCUCCUCAGGAAGAGAUAAGGGUGACGAAGGGAUUUUCAGCUUUGCCCUCACGUCAGCUCUACCUUUACCUUCAGCCCGACCUCCAGGUGAGAAGAGGCCACCGCCUCGCAAGCUGCUGAAGAGGCUGAACUCGGAGCCCUGGGGCCUGGUGGCGCCCUCGGUGCUGAGCAGCGUCUCUCAGGACGGAGGUCUGGAGGAGGCGAGCGGCUGUGAUCUCAGCAGGACGGUGGCUGAGAUGAACGGCCUGUCCAUCACAGAGCGGGUCAGACCUCUGCUGUCACGGCGACACAGCAUCGAAACCCAUGACCCCUGCUCCCCCCAGCUCACGGACCGGUCCUGCUCAGAGGACUGCCCCACCCUCUCUGGCUCCUGGGCUGACAAAGUGCAACAACAUCAGAUCUUGUAUCGUAGGAACACGGCCCCGGAGUCACAGGAAAAUGCUGGAGGACCUGGGGCGGUUCCAGCUCGUGUCCUGGCUUAUCCUAAACUGACCCGGAUGGAGCACUAUGAGUCAGACACUCACCUCUGUCCAGAGUCCAUCCCUGGAUCUCCAGACUCGGGUCGGGUGUCUGUGGAGCGGAGGAGGUACAAUGCCUCCCCCUUGUCCCUGUUCACCAGCUCCCCCAGGGAGUCACUGGAGAACAUCCCCAACUCUGUGUCCCCCAUUACCAUGCGCCGCCGUCCCCCAGGAAUCCUGGAGCGAAGAGGCUCCGGGACUCUCCUGCUGGACCACAUCUCCCACACCAGACCUGGCUUCCUGCCUCCACUCAACAUCAACCCUCAGAGACCCAUCCCCGACAUCCGUUCAAAUGGUAAGUCCACCUCCCCGGUUCAUGCUGCACACAAGAUCCUGGUCCCGGUGGCCCCGGCUUCGCCCAAAAGGGGGCUGGACUUCAAGAUGAAAAAGAAACUCAUGAGGAGACACUCAAUGCAGACGGAGCAGAUGAAGCAACUCUCCACCUUCCAGGAGAUUCUGGCUGAGAAGGUCAUUGAGUCCAAUGGAGAUUGAUGACAGGAGGCUUCGGAGCAAGGCAUGCUGGGUAGCUAAAGAGAUGUAACCACGAUGAACACAUUUAAAACCACAUCUUUGUAUCUGUGGAGAGCUGCAGCUACGAGGAGUUCCCUAAACCAGAUCUAAAUCUGAAACUAGAAUCUGAUCUGAGUUUACAUCAGAUUAAUUUAAGGUUGUAACAAACACAACUUCCUGAAAAUCCUCACGAAAACUUGAUGAAGUAAAUCUCAGAGCUGGAGUCACGUGACAUCUGUUUUAAGAGCUUCAGGUUUGCAUUCACAUGAAUCUUAGAUAUUUUGGCUUCAUUACUGAACUGUCGAUGAAUCCAGAGUCCGGACUCCAACGACCAGGUCUCUUCUGUUCAGGUCCUGAUUGAGCUGAACCAAUCACAAACUCUAAAAUAUAACAUUUCCUCCCGUAGAGUAGAAAAAUAUUUAUUUCACAGAAUGAAUGUCUCCCCCUCGACUUCAUUUACAAACUGAUGAACGUGACAACGCUCAGACGUGAUGAUGACCGAUCCACUAACUUGCAACAAGGUCGUGUCCAUGUCCAGCAGAAGAAGAAGAAGAUGGUCGGAGGCUCUGAAAACUGAAAAUAACAAAAUGGAUCUUGUUUCAUUCAUUCAUAAUGAAUCGACUUUAAUGUUUAUACAGUAACUUUUCACUGUUUCAGUGUAAAUUAAUCUUAAUUUCACAGAGAAAACGUUGCAACACACGAAACUUAAGGUCUAACUUCCAAAGACGCUGUGUUGUCUCUGGAACACUGGAAUACUGGAACGACUCCUGGUUCCCAACACUCCCAGGUCAAGGCCCAGAGUCCAGUUCAGACGGAUCCAGCACAAACUGAAACUAAAGACGGUUUCACCACCGAGGAAAACGAGACAAACAAACACUAAGAGUCCUGAUACGAGGGCGUGAGGACCAGGCAGCAAACAGGCCACACUUCAUCAUCAUUAAUAAACUGCAGCUGUUGAACCAAUCAAACACACCGAGCUCAGCUGUUCCAUCAAGUCCAACUCAUCGCUGUGCCGUGGUUUCUGAAUCUUAUCGUGGCUGUAAAUAUCAGAACAAUUAAAAACUACAGGGAGUUUUCUCCUGGUUGUCACAUCGCGGUUUCAUAUCUGAAGAGUUCUGUUCCUCAGAUUAUUCACUGUUGAUCUGGAUUCCAAAACCGUUUCUCCACCGCUGAACAGUGGAACCUGGAUCUACUCUGAACCUGAUCUUCACCUGAAAGACAUUUACAUAAAUGUUUCUUAUAUUUGUAUGAAAUUUAAUAUAAAGAUCAAAGGCUCCAUAAACCAUGAAGACUGAACUCUAAGAGGUUUUAAACUUUCAGGGCCGAGUGUUCAUCUGGUUUAGACUGGUUGAAUCUGGUUCAGUCUGGUUGAAUCUAGUUCAGACUGGGUGAGUCUGAUUCAGACUGGUUGAAUCUGGUUCAGUCUGAUGAAUCUGGUUCAGACUGGUUUAAUCUGGUUCAGUCUGGUUGAAUCUAGUUCAGACUGGGUGAGUCUGAUUCAGACUGGUUGAAUCUGGUUCAGUCUGAUGAAUCUGGUUCAGACUGGUUUAAUCUGGUUCAGUCUGGUUGAAUCUGGUUCAGUCUGAGUGAGUCUAGUUCAGACUGGUUGAAUCUAGUUCCGUCUGGUUGAAUCUGGUUCAGUCUGAUGAAUCUGGUUCAGACUGGGUGAGUCUGAUUCAGACUGGUUGAAUCUGGUUCAGUCUGAUGAAUCUGGUUCAGACUGGUUUAAUCUGGUUCAGUCUGGUUGAAUCUAGUUCAGACUGGGUGAGUCUGAUUCAGACUGGUUGAAUCUGGUUCAGACUGGUUUAAUCUGGUUCAGUCUGGUUGAAUCUAGUACCGUCUGGUUGAAUCUGGUUCAGUCUGAUGAAUCUGGUUCAGUCUGGUUGAAUCUGGUUCAGACUGAGUGAGUCUGGUUCAGACUGGUUGAAUCUAGUUCCGUCUGGUUGAAUCUGGUUCAGUCUGAUGAAUCUGGUUCAGUCUGGUUGAAUCUAGUUCAGACUGAGUGAGUCUGGUUCAGACUGGUUGAAUCUAGUUCAGACUGCGUGAGUCUGGUUCAGACUGGUUGAAUCUGGUUCAGACUGCGUGAGUCUGGUUCAGACUGAGGGAGUCUGGUUCGGUCUGGUUGAAUCUGGUUCAGAUUGAGUGAGUCUGGUUCAGUCUGGUUGAAUUUGUUUCAGAUUGAAUCUGGUCCAGUCUGGUUUAAUCUAGUUCAGUCUGGUUGAAUCUGGUUCAGAUUUAAUCUGGUUCAGAUUUAAUCUGGUUCAGUCUGGUUGAAUCUGGUUUAGACUGGUUGAAUUUGGUUCAGAUUGAAUCUGGUCCAGUCUGGUUUAAUCUGGUUCAGUCUGGUUAAAUCUGGUUUAGACUGGUUGAAUCUAGUUCAGUCUGGUUGAAUAUGGUUCAGAUUGAAUCUAGUUCAGUCUGGUUGAUUCUGGUUCAGACUGGUUGAAUCUAGUUCAGACUGGUUGUAUCUGGUUCAGAUUGAAUCUAGUUCAGUCUGGUUGAAACUGGUUCAGACUGGUUGAAUCUAGUUCAGAAUGGUUGAAUCUGGUUCAGUCUUGUUGAAUUUAGUUCAGACUGGUUGAAUCUAGUUCAGUCUGGUUGAAUCUGGUUCAUACAGUUUGAAUCUGGUUCAGAUUGAAUCUGGUUCAGUCUGGUUGAAUCUGGUUUAGAUUGGUUGAAUCUAGUUCAGUCUGGUUGAAUUUGGUUCAGUCUGGUUGAAUCUGGUUUAGAUUGGUUGAAUCUAGUUCAGUCUGGUUGAAUUUGGUUCAGAUUGAAUCUGGUCCAGUCUGGUUUAACCUAGUUCAGUCUGGUUGAAUCUGGUUCAUACUGGGUGAGUCUGAUUCAGACUGGUUGAAUCUGGUUUAGACUGGUUGAAUCUAGUUCAGUCUGGUUGAAUUUGGUUCAGACUGGUUGAAUUUAGUUCAGACUGGUUGAAUCUGGUUCAGUCUGGUUGAAUCUGGUUCAGACUGGUUGAAUCUGGUUCAGACUGGUUGAAUUUAGUUCAGACUGGUUGAACUUGGUUCAGUCUGAUGAAACUAGUUCAGUCUGGUUGAAUUUGGUUCAGACUGGUUGAAUCUAGUUCAGUCUGGUUGAAUCUGGUUCAGUCUGGUUGAAUCUGGUUCAGACUGGUUGAACUUGGUUCAGACUGGUUGAAUCGAGUUCAGUCUGGUUGAAUCUGGUUCAGACUGGUUGAAUUUAGUUCAGACUGGUUGAACUUGGUUCAGUCUGAUGAAACUAGUUCAGUCUGGUUGAAUUUGGUUCAGUCUGGUUGAAUCUAGUUCAGUCUGGUUGAAUCUGGUUCAGACUGGUUGAACUUGGUUCAGUCUGAUGAAAAUAGUUCAGUCUGGUUGAAUUUGGUUCAGACUGGUUGAAUCGAGUUCAGUCUGGUUGAAUCUGGUUCAGACUGGUUGAAUCUAAUUCAGUCUGGUUGAAUCUAGUUCAGACUGGUUGAAUUUGGUUCAGUCUGGUUGAAUCUAGUUCAGUCUGGUUGAAUCUGGUUCAGACUGGUUGAACUUGGUUCAGUCUGAUGAAAAUAGUUCAGUCUGGUUGAAUUUGGUUCAGACUGGUUGAAUCUAGUUCAGUCUGGUUGAAUCUGGUUCAGACUGGUUGAAUCUAAUUCAGUCUGGUUGAAUCUAGUUCAGACUGGUUGAACUUGGUUCAGUCUGAUGAAUCUGGUUCAGACUGGUUGAUCAGGUUCAGGGGACGGACCUUGCUGUUGUUGAUAUAUGACGUUUAAACUCAAAGUAUUUUUGUAAUCAUGUCAGCUGACAGAAACGUCUGUUGAAUAUGUGUGAAUCUAUUUUUCUUCUUUGGUUGUGACGCAAACUGUGGAAUAAAAACUUGUUUCAUC